AUGGAAAAAACAACAGUAAGUCCUGAGGUUGAGUUAGGUGAAGAUGUUGAGUGUAAGCCUCAAAUCGGUAUGUUGUUUAAUACAGAACAAGAGGCUUAUGAUUUUUACAACAAAUAUGGAGGAAGUGUUGGUUUUAGUAUAAGGAGAGAUUUUGCAAAUAAGAGCAAGAAAGACAAGACAACCAUAACUUCACGGAGAUUUGCAUGUUACAAAUCUGGUGUCAGGCACAAAGAUAAGAGGGACAUUGACACAAGUAAGCCACGAGCUGAGAUAAGAACAAUGUGCCCGGCAUGGAUGUCCAUAUAUUUGUUAGAGAAUGGGAAAUACAAGUGUUGUGACUUUAUAGAAGAACAUAAUCACAUUCUUCAUCUUCCAAAUACUACUCAUAUGAUGCGUUCACAGAGAAAAAUUUCAGACAUACAUACAUAUGAAAUUGAUUUGGCUGACGAUUCGGGGAUUAAACCUAAGUCCAUGUUUGAGUAUAUGGGUAGGCAUGCAGGUGGGAGGGAGAACCUUGGCUGCACUAGUCAAGAUCAUAAGAACUAUCUCCGAACUAAAAGACAACAUUCACUAGCCUAUGGUGAGCCAGGGAGUUUGUUGAGGUAUUUUGAAAACCAAAGUAGUAUCAAUCAUUCAUUUACAUACUCAAUGCAAUUGGACAAUGAUGAACAGAUAACUAAUAUUUUUUGGGCUGAUCCGAAGAUGAGAAUUGAUUAUGCACAAUUUGGCGAUGUUGUUAGUUUCGACACCACAUUUUGCACAAACAAAGAGUAUAGGCCAUUUGGGAUAUUUGCUGGGUUUAAUCAUCAUAGAGGAGCCAUUAUAUUUGGGGCUGCACUUUUAUAUGAUGAGACAGCUGAAUCUUUCAAGUGGUUAUUUGAGGCAUUUGCGGAAGCACAUGGGCAGAAGAAGCCUAUCACCAUCUUCACGGAUCAAGAUGCUGCUAUGGCAAAGGCAUUAACUGAGUUUGAGGAUGAAUGGCAAAAAUUGCUUAAGAAUUAUGAAGUGGAGAAUAAUUCAUGGUUGCAGCGUAUAUAUGGCUUAAAAUAUAAAUGGGCAAAGUGCUAUAUGAAAAAUACCUUCACAUUAGGUAUGCGGAGUACACAGCUUAGUGAGAGUUUGAACAGUGACAUGAAGGAUUAUUUAAAAUCCACUUUGGACAUUGUGCAAUUUUUUAAGCAUUUUGAACGGAUGGAUUGGGUUAGUGCUUGCCUCAUCAAAAACAAGAAUGAAAGUAAUCUCAUGUCUGAAUUUUUUGUUGGUCUUGUUGAAUCAAAAUAUAUCAAGUGUAUACCUCCAGCUUAUAUUUUGAAGAGAUGGACACGGGGAGCAAGAAGCUUGGUAGUGACAGACAAUAAGGGAAAACAGGUUGAAGAAGAUAGUAACUUAGAUAGUUCACAACGAUAUAGGAGUAUAAUGCCUGAACUUGUUAAAAUGGCAUCACAAGCUUCAAAUUCAGCUGAGGGUUAUGCUUUGGUAAUGCAGGUUACAAAAGAGUUACGUGUACAACUUGAUUGUAUCACAGCAUCUAAUGGCCCACAAGUGGUUGUCCCUGAUGAGGUCCCUAUGUUUGCAGCAGGGUUGAAGAAGAAAGAAAAAUGUCCAAGUGGUAGACGGAAGAAGAACAGGAUAGAAAAACAAGGAAAAAAAAGGAAAAGAACUGAGACAAGAAACACUCAAGUGUCACAAGAAAUUCAUUCAGCUCCUGCCAGAACCAGUGGUACAUUUUCAAUGUCGAAUGUACCAGAUUACCUUCAACAGAUGGAUGACAAUAUUAGCUUCACUUCACUGUUAACGGGAGGAACCUCUAUGUAUGAUCUUUCCUUAGCUGUUGAGGCCUUAGCUCAAAAUGGAAGAGCACCUGGGAAUUAUUUCCUAGGUUAUGAUGGUUCGAAUCCAUCAGGUCUCAAGGAUUGUAGCUUGUGA